AUGGGUGCCAGGAUUGACCUCGGCACGAAGCGCUACCUGCACAAGCACAUCCAGGUGAACGUGCUCGAUGACCGAGUCCACCACACCAACUUCGCUUACAGCGGGUGGCUUUUUCUACGAGAAGCACACUUGGGGCCACACAGGAUCCCCAAGCGGGCACCUAAUGCACCCGAAGCUCAAGAAGGUGCCGUCGGGUGGCCACAGUGCACCAUUGUGGCCACCGACGGCGCCUUCCUGGGUUUCGGCGGCGGGCCUGCGGGGCCGCGCGGGGCCAUCGGGGCGGGCCCACGUGGCGUUGCGGGUGCCCCGCGGGCCAUGCGUGGCUCGCUGGGCACCUGCAGCGCCCCUUGGGUGCACCUCGAGGACCCCAGGCAGCUCCUGAAGCCCAUGAAG